AUGAAGUCGAAAGCUCGGAAUCAGUUGAAUAUGUUCCCUCCUGGUAAAAUGCUGAGUUAUGAUGCUGAUCCAAUGGAUCCAUCAUCUUAUUCCGAUGUACCAAGAGGUAAUUGGUCAUCUGGUCUUGACUUAAAAGGCAAAGCAAAGACUGGUGUUGAUGAAACUGCUAGUGGUGAAUUAUUUCAAAUGCGUCCAUAUCCAUCACCUGGUGAUAUACUUCGUAUGAAUGCAGAAGGUGGAUCAAAGAAAAAAUCGAAAAAUACAUAG